CACCGCGCGGCGGCGGCGGGGGCGGUCCCGGCUCCCUCCCGCCGCGCGGCCGCCAUGGAGCGGGUGGCGGUGCUGCGCGUCCAGCGGAAGCGCGGCGGGCCCGAGCCGGCCGAGUCGCUGCUCCUCGCCUGCAAGCGGCUGCGCACGGAGGGCGGCGGCGAUCGGCCGGUGGAGCGGAACCUCUUCAAGCUGGUGGGCACCGUGUCCUCCCAGAGUGAACCAGUUCAGAAGUACGUUCAAGAAGUGAUCACUCGAGACAAAGCAGCUCAAAAACUGCAACCCUCUUUAGGAAGCACUCAGCGAAUCAUUCAGGAGCUCCGCUCUUCCAAGCAAGUGAAAAGGAAGGAAAACCGCUACCGUGUGAUAGCCAGCCAUCGGCCCAGCUGUGCUGAAACAGUCGCACCCGCCACAGGCCGCCAGGCACCGCUGGAUGGGGACAGACCAGGCUCUGAAGGGACAGAAGAUGCUUCACAAAAGGCGAGCGGUGCUGUUGAUAAGAGUUCGGACUGCUGUGGGGAAUUCCAGCUGUUCGAUAUUGUCCAAGAAGAGGAGGUGGUGGGAGACUCCGGUGUAACUGCUGCAAACCCACAGCAGAAGACUGAUCCAGAUGUGAUUCUUUGCAAUGCAGUAGAGAUGAUCCGUGAGCGUUUAAAUGUUUCUGAAGAUGGUAAAAAACACCAUGAGAAAGAAGAUGAGUAUGUUUAUGACAUCUAUUAUAUGGAAACAUCAGCCCUUGGUUGGAUUCAAAAUAUCCUUUCUGUACAGCCCUAUAGUGAAGAAUAUGAACUGGUAGAUGAUGAUCAUGUUCCAGGGGAAACAUAUGAAGAUGAAGAUGAUGAAAAUGAUGAAAAUAACUGGCGUAAUGAUUAUCCUGAUGAAGAUGAAUUCUUACCCGAGGAAGAUGAUGAUGGAGAAAAAGAAUCUGAAGAGAGCUUCAGUGAUGAGGACCAAUGUUACAGGAGAAGAACAUGGAACAAAUACCGGCAGGAGGUUCUACAGGAAUUUGGAUAUGAUGAGAUCCAGGAUUUGGAUUCUGACUAACAGCCCUUUUUUGAAGAUGCAGUGCAUACUGAAGAUGAAAUUCUGCUGUUGCAGUAGAACUGAAAAUCCAGAGGGUAGCUGAUGGCUAUUCAUAGGAAUGUUGAACUAAAAAAAAAAAACCAAAAAGCAGAACAAAAGCCUGCAAAACUGCUUUCCACUAAAAGUUGUGCUCACUGGGACAGUACGAAACCAGUCUUUACAUGGAUGAGCUUUAGGCUAAAUUUUUGCCUGUUUGGCCUCCUGAAACUGUUGGUGACUAGCAUGGUUCACCACUGCUUACUGACUAGGCUUGAGUAUUAGAUACUAGAUUGGGAUUCCAGUAAAUACUAAAACCUUUUACUAAUCUGAGCAGACAACUUUAGUUGGUAGGUGUUAAACAGAUGGGUGUAAAUAGGGCCAGCUGCCAACACAAACUUUCAUUCCAAGCAAAAGAUACUCUAUUCUUUAAAAUAGAUUUUUUUUUUUCCCCCCAAUCUGUGAUGCCUACAUUCUGAAGAAACUUUUUUUUUUUUUUUUUUAAAUUAAGCUGUCUGCCCAAGCAUUUGUACCUGUAUUGACAUUACCUCUACAUUAUAUAUGGAUGUAUUGUUGGCAGCAGCCUUUCUGGUCAUGAGUAAUGUGUCGGGUUGCACAAAAAGAUCAACAUGUCUGCCAUGAUGGCAAGUAGAAGUCCUGGAAAAAGGCACUCUGUCCUAGUACGUUCUACUCUAUUUCAAGUUACUUUCUUUACAAGUGUUUGACCAUAUGAAAUGCCUUGACCUGUUAAUUUUAUUACUGUUACUCCAGUAAUUUUACUACUGAAGUAGAACAAUAUACAUGUAUUUAAAUUGUAAAUAAAGAAUUUUUGACUAAGUUUUCUUACUCGUUUAAAGAUCAAAGGAGUUGGUACAGCUAAAGCCAUGUCAGCAUUUUAACUUGCAUUCAUACAUCUUUAAAACAAUUUCAUCUUACCUGUUUGGACACAAAAAAUAGUACAGCACUCUCCUACUUGAGUCUGUAAAAAAAUAGCUAAUAGGAUGUUAGAUCAAUGUCAUUCAUGAGCUGUAGGUUGCAGCAGUGACUUUAGGUCAAUUAUUUCUGGCUGGUGAUGUCAAGGCAGUAGAAGCAAAACGUUUUUUUCUUCGGUUUCGCAGAAAGGUUAAUAUGGCUGUUAACCUAGCCUGUUAAAGCUAUGCUUGUCCACUGGACAGAUGUCUCAACAUAGAUACUGAAUUCAUUCUAAUCAUAUGCAAGAUUAAAAAGCUAUAUUAGAAUAACUAAAUGCUAAUUUUAAUUAAAAACUGACAAGACUCUACCUGUGUGCCCAGUGUGCAGAAAGUUCCUCAGAUAGAUAGAAUUUAACUAUCUUGAAUCCCAGUGCUGCUUCAUAAAGGUAGCCUAAGAUUCCAUUUUAUGUUAGUCUUCACCAUCUUCUACGCUUUGACAGUAUCUGUAGCUUUUUGUUUAAGAUAAUGUUGGUCAGGGAGUCAGUGCGAGAAUCCAAAUACUCUCAAUAUUAUUCAAGUGGCUGAUGCAAAUGUGGUGCAGCAUUUGAACUGUGCGUUGCUUCAUUCAUAAUAUGAUUACAAGAUUUAGUUGCACUUAAAUGCACAAAAAACUGCACCUGUGGACAAACAGGUCACUCAAGGUAAACAUUCUAAACUAAGAUAAAAAUUUCAGUUAUGUUUUUGAAGUAUAUUUCUGCUAGCUAAACAGGCUGGUAUCAUGUUACCUUUUGAUGCACCAAAAUUCAAUACCAAAAUGUCCUGAUGUUAGGCUUAUGGCUUUGGAACUACAAAUACAAAUCAGACCGUAUUGCAAUA